AUGUCUGUACCGGAAGGAAGAUAUUCCAACAACCCGUUCGCGGAUGCCUUGACCCCCACGUCCACUGGAUCGCGUGCGUCGGGCUCGAAUCCCAGCCACCAGAGGCCACGAGUGGCACCUCCUUCUCAGCAAGCACCUGUUCAGCAACAAAGGCCUCGUCGCUCCAAGGACGAGAGUGCUAUGCCUCCUCCCUCAUACGAAGAAGCCGCUGGCCGCCGUGCAGCUAGGAGUGAAUAUCCACGUGAAAAGCAACCACAACAGUCUUCCGAAGCGAGAAGACAUGAACAUAGCUCUAGUCGGACGAGAGAGCAUCGCUCUCGUAGCGAAGGUGAAGUGAAUGGGGAGCAUCGCCAUCGUUCUCACCGCCAUCGCGAGCGUGGGGAACGCAGCGAGUCUUCACGUCACCACAAAGAUUCGUCUCCAAAGCGUUCAAGCAGGCAUCGUUCUUCCAGGUCAAAAAAGCAGACUGAAAUUGAAAAGCCGGAAAACCUGGACACGAUAGACAAACUUGAUGUCACCGGUUUUUUUGGUGGUGGAGCCUUCCAUCACGAUGGACCCUUUGACGCUUGUACUCCACACCGCAAUAAGAACACCAAGGCUGCACCGGUAAUGGCAUUUCCAGUUGAUGGUCCAAACAGCACAAUUCGCGGAAUGGGCCCUCUUCACACCAAAGAACAGCAAAUCGAUAUUCUAUUUGGAAAUGCUGAUAAGGCCGACGAGAUGUACGCUUCCACUGCACCGAUCGCAAGAACUAGAUCCGUUCCUCAGCAGGCGACCUCAGCACCAACACAACAAUAUACCACCCUUCAGGCCUCACAAUCGCAGAAGAGAACGAUACCCCCAUCGUCUCAAGCACUGGAUCCCAACAGUUAUUCUCACGGUGCUCUUGUGGACGAUUCACGUGCUCCUCCAGUCACAAACUCUGUUGAGGUUUUGAAACAUGAUCCUUCGGUGGUUGCGUUUGAUGCCAAUGCGAAGGCUACACCAGUUCAUGGAACUACCACACUUGGACUGGGCAGUUCUACAUUUUUGGACGGAGCUCCAGCCACAAAAGCGGCCAUCCAUGAGGCCUCAACCAAGUCAGAGCUGUCGCGUAACCGCUCACUUGUCAACCGUAUGCGCAAGAAGAGCUCCGAUCUCCCGGGUAAUGAAGCCCAUUAUGAGGAAUCGGCUCCUUCUGGAAACAGUUUGUUGAGAAGGGUGAAGAGUUUGAAGGUGAGCAGAAAGUGA